AUGUAAAACAUUGUAAAAAAGUAAAAAAGUAGGACUAGAAAAGGUCAAAAAUAAAGGAAUUUAGAAAAGAAAACAAAUUUUGAUAGUGUUAAUUUCAAAUCCAAUUAGGCGGCAUGUGAAUAUGAGUAUUUAAUAUUUAUAUAACAUAGAUAAACUGCAACUAAGAAAGUUAAGAAUGAAAAAUCUAUUUCUCCCAUAAUUACAGAAGAAACUCCAGAUUUAUAACAAAGAAUUGAAUAAUAAUAAAAGUUAGAGGAUUUGAUUAGUGAUGAGUUUGGUAAAGAAUUAUCUUCAUUUACUUUUAAUAAUUCAUUAGAAAAUAAUUAAGAAGAAGAGUAAGAAACAAUGAAUGAGUUUAUGAGAGAAUAAGUAAAAUUUGAGGAAAUUUAUAGUUAUUAAAAAAAUUACUUAAAAAAUUAGAAUGAAAUUUAAAGUCAUAUGGUGGCAAUAUUAUUUGAUUGGUUAGUUGAAGUAGCUCAUUCAUUUCAUUUUAAAAGAGAAACAUUUUAUUUAUCAAGAAAUUAUGUUGAAAGAUUUCUACUUAGAUAACCAAAUGUUUUAAUAGCUAAAUUUUAACUUCUAGGAGUAGCAGCUAUUUUUAUAGCUCAUAAAUGUGAAGAAAUUUAUCCAAAAACAUUAAAAGAUUUUCAUAGACUCAUUUAAGAUUAAUAUACUAUUUAAGAUAUAGAGGAAAUGGAAGUUGCAAUAUUAAAAUGUUUAGAUUUUAGAAUGAAUCCAAAUACUCCUAUAUUUUGGUUAAAUUAUUAUACUAAAUUAUGGGAUGAAUUUAUUAUUGACAAAGAAUUAAAUGUUUAAUUAAAAGAAAGAACUAAUGAAUCUUAUUAUAGAUAUAGAGAACUUGUUUAAUUGUUUGAUGUUUGUUUAAUAGAUUAUAGAUUUAAAAAAGAUGAAAAGAUUACUGCAUUAAGUUUAAUUUAUUUAGUAAUUGCAAAAUCAUUGUUAAUAUUUGAAGAUUAUAAAAAGAUUGCUAAUUAGUAAUAAGAAAUUAAAUGUUUUAUUGAUUCAGAUCAUAAAUAUAAUAAAAUAUUCAAAUAAUUUAUAGAAUAAUCUGAUUUUUAUUUAUAUUUUGAUAAAAAGAUAGAAGUAAAUAAUUUUAUAAAAAUAUAGUUUAAAGAUUUGAAAGAUGUGAUUUGUGAGACUACAAAAUAUUUUAUACUUCGAUUUGAUAAUACUUUACCAAGAGUAUUAUUAAAUAAUCAAGAAUUUAUAGAUGAAGUAUUUUUUAAUAAUAAAAUUAGUUAUAACAUGAAGAGUUACUUUCAUUCCAGACAUACAAUAGAAAUACUAUAGAAACUAUAAAUUUCUUGCUAAAAUAAUAAUAAUAAUGA